CUGUCUUGGCCUCCUCCUGGUCUGAGAGCGGCUGCAGGUCCCAGCCUGGACCACAGAGAGCUGCCAGCCUCUGUGUGUGUAUCUCUGCAGGCAGCAAACAGCUCUUCUGCUCAUGGACUGGAGCUUUUCUAUGGAUACGUUGGAGGUGACGUCACCAUGAAGUGCAGCUUCUCCACAUCUGGAAGGAGGGAGGUGAAGUUCCCCCCAGAGAAAACUGUGAUGGAGGGUCUGACCCGGUCCGACUCAGGACGCUACCGCUGUGCUGUGGGCAGAGCUUCACACACAGAUGUCGAGCUGGUUGUAGCUGACGGGGUGGAUGCCUACCGGCCCCUCCAGGCCAAGACCCUUGCUGAAAAAAGGAGUGAAGAGGGAAGAGAGGCAGCAGCCAAGCAGCAGAGCCCCAACAUGAGCGUCCAUCACACUCUGCUCUGCCUCUUCUUCCUCUCUCUGCAGGCAGCAAACAGCUCUUCUGCUCAUGGACUGGAGCUUUUCUAUGGACACGUCGGUGGAGGCGUCACCAUGAAGUGCAGCUUCUCCACAUCUGGAAGGAGGGAGGUGAAGUCAUUCUGCAGAGAAAACUGUGAUGGAGGGUACAAACUUAUUGAAACAGAGAGUGAAACAACUGAACAUGGACGAUACAGGAUCCAUUACAGUGAGCAGGUUUUGUCUGUGAGCAUCACAGGUCUGACCCGGUCCGACUCAGGACGCUACUGCUGUGCUCUGGGCAGAACUUCACACACAGAGGUGGAGCUGGUUGUAGCUGACGCUCUUCUGAAAAAAAGCCAACAAGAACCCUUCAGCAUAGAAGCUGGAAGCUCUCUGACAGUCGGAUGCACCUUCAAAGUAUCUGGAAACAAGAAGUUUUGCAGAGGAGGCUGUUUUGACGAAGGAGAGAUUCUUGUCCAGACAGAUGGUGUCAGAGCUGAAAAGGGCAGAUACAGGAUUGGAUAUGUGGAUGGAAGGUUUGCAGGAGGAGUUCUGUAUGUGAGCAUCGCACAGCUGACCCAGUCUGACUCGGGACGGUACAGAUGUUAUCUGCAGAGGCCUGGAUUUGAUGGAUCCACAGAAUUUAGCAUCCAGGUCUCAGCUGUUCCGACAGCUUAUAAACCAACAGAUGUCCCAGCAGUUUCCACUCCAGCAGCUUCCACUCAGAGCUGGAGCUCCAGCUCAGGGAGCUCCAAACCUCCAGCUUCCUCUCACUCUGCUGAGCCUCCUCAGCAGGAAGGAGCAGCCUCUAAAGACAUGCUGCUGUUGGUGGGUCUGGCUCUGGCCUUUGUGGUGUUCCUGUUCUCAGUGGCUCUGCUGGUGUUCUGCAGGAGGAGAUCUGUGCCCCCCCCAAAGGAUCGCUGUGAGCAAACAGAGUAUGAGAGCAUCAACGAGGAUGAGAGGGGGAAUCAACAGACAACUCCUCCAGUGCAGAUCUCCACUAUUUACAGCUGCGCCUCAUUCCCAAACCUGCAAGGAGCUGAUGACUACAGCCUCCUCUCAGCCCACAGCGCUCAGCCAGAAGCUGCAGCCAGCACACAUAAGCCCAUCUACGCAGCGGCGGAUUUGUCCAGCAGGGGCCCCCGUCCCGCGGUCAGAGCCCCCAGCGGGGGCUCAGAUGUGGUGUACUCUGUUCCCCGGUUGCGCAGGAGCUCUGCGCCGCGGCGCGCCUCCGAUGAGUGUCUGUACUCCAACGUGAGGUAG